AUGGCUGAUAGACAGAUUUUGCUCAAAUCUUUGGAAUUUAUGCCCUUAACGAGAGAUGGGGAGAAACAGGGAGUCGAGAUCUACAAGUAGUAAGUUUUACUAGGUAGAUUUUAAAAUAAAAGACGCCUUCCCAAAAACCUUGUCUGCCUUUCCCUCCAAAAACCUUUAUUUUCCAGCUCUUUUGCUAACAUGCCCGCGAUGAUGCCCUUCUAUCACUUGGCCGACGGCUUCACUGCGGACAGCACAAUAACCAGUGACCGGUUCCAAAAACUCGGCUGCAAAUUGGCGCUGGCGACUCACAUUCUGGCCAAUCUGGCUGAUCAGCCGGAGACACUGAAGGCCUAUGCACGGGAACAUGUUCUUCGACAUAUUUCUCGCAAGGUCUCUCCUCGAAUGUUCAGAGGUUUCUUCGACAUUCUCGUGGAUUGGAUGGCCACCAAAACAACAAUAAGUGAGGAGGCGAGAAGAGAAUGGGCAAAGUUGGGAGACCUUUUCUCGUAUGAGGCGGUAAAGUACGCCGAUGAAUUGGGAUUGGUGUUCCCGGAGAAUGGAGAAGCCGCUUAA